AUGUAAUUAAAUAAUCUGUAUUAAUAAUAUAUUUUAUAUCUAAGAAUAAUACUUAAAAAAAAUUAUAUAAGAUUAGUAAAAAACCAAUUUAAAGAAACACUUGAACAUCAUAAACGAUCUUUUAAAGUUUAAUUUGACUAAUAAAUGACAAUUAUGUAAUGCCAGGUGUUGAAUAUAAAAGAGGUUAUAUAUUUGUAACCGAAACAUCUAAGAUCCAUUGAACAAAUGACGUUUUUGUCUAAAAAUAUAACUGCUAACGAUCAAAGUUCGUAUUUCAUACGUGAUAAAUCAAAUAAUAUAAUGCAAAUAAUUAGAACUAUAAUAUCACAAACGGAAGCUCAUGAAUGUGAAAGAUAAGAAAGAAAAAAGAGAGAAAAAAGAAAUAACUGUAUAAUAUAAUGAACGUAAAUAGGAGAUACGUUUUCGAUAAAACAAUGAUAAAGAAAGAAAUAAAUAAAUAAAUAAAUAAAAAAAUUGGAUACUUAAGAAUAAUUGAAAGAUUAAAAAACAAUCGUUCGAAAUCCCGAGAAUUUUCGAGAAAAAAGAAAGAUAAGAGAUAAAAAAGUAAAUCUUCAACAAAUGUUUUACUUCGAAGGUAGCGCAGGCAAUGUAAAUAUAUAGUUUGAACAAGUGUAAAAUAUUGAAAAAGAGGCGGCAAACGACAAACAUGUGCGUACUAAUGUUCACAUUGAUCAAUCAAAAAAAGAAAGAGCAAAAGAGAAAAGAAUAGAUAGAGAUAGAGAUAGAGAUAGAAAGAGAGAGAGAGGGGGGAGAGAAAGAGAGAGAGAGAGAGAGAAAAAUAGGUAAAAAAUAAAGAGAAAGAGAUGUAAAGCAAAUAAAAAAAUGUCAAAUUCAAGGAAAUACGUACUUGACAUCUACAAACGAUGUCAGCAUCUGUUGCCAGCAUAUCCACAACCUUUCCCUUGCCCUCAUCACCCCAUUGCGCGCCAAGGACUACCGUGACCUUGGAAACGAGCCCACUCGUGGAAGUUCUCUGUUUUUUCCUGGGUGAGGCCGGAUUACCAUCACCGUUAGUCUGUUGAACGGAGUGUUGCAUCCUCGUGCAAGAAGACAUUUUCGUAUUAAAAAUUCUUAAUAAAAAUUCGUUCGAGGACUCGAAUGAAAUGAUGGAGUUAAAGCAGCAGACACAACGUACACUCGUCGAAAGUCUCAAUCCGUUACAGUCUGAACCAGCUGACGACACACGAUAUAGAUGAAAUAAUAGUUUCGCUGCGUGCCACACACGCGCGCGCGUAUGCGCAGAGAACAAUAACGUAACGAAAAAAUAAAUCGCCCAGCGACUAAGUUAUAACGUUUAACCAUUUUUAUUUUUUUAUACCUCAUCUAUCUACGGACAUAUGUAUGCAUAGCGACUUUUAACUGUCGAUGAUGUUAACUCACGUGAUAUCAUAUGAUGUAUAUUAUAUAUAUCACACAUAUAUGUGUAUAUGUAUGUUAUGCUUUAUAUAUGCGAUGCGUAUAAUGUUGGAACGACUUAAUAAGUAUAAUUAUUAGAAGAAAUUUAAUAAAAGUUUAUUAUAAUAAAAUUAUAAUAAUACUUAGAAAAAUUUUAAGAAUUUCUUUAUACUUUGAAUAAAAUAAUUUUAUUAUCGUAGAACGUACAAUAAAGUUUCCGAUUUUUUAUAAUAAUCGUUAAAUGAGGAAAUCUAAUAGUAAAAUUGCGUUUUCAAUUGAAAGUAAGUUGAUUACCUCGGAUUUGUCAUUGAUCGAUCAACUGUAACAAAAUCGUCUCUUUGGAAUUUAUUAUAAAUAGAACAUUUCGCUUUUUUUUUUUUUUUUUUUUUGUAAAAUUAACUCAUGGCUGUAAACAUAUGACUAGUUAUUAACUACAUGUACAAGUCUAUCUUUUAAUGAUAUCCUUCACCCCCUCUUGGCGUCACUACUUCUCUUCUCGAGUUCAAAUCGGCGCGCGUCUUUCCAACGAUCGUGUGAUAUUAAAUUUUGACUCAAGGAUUUCUAACAAUGCGACAUCUCUUGCUUCGAGAAAUUUUAAAGUCAACGUAAAUUCUAUACAUAUGUAACUCGAAUGUAUACGAUAAGUGUCCUAAUAUUGCGUAAGCUGCAAUUAGCUUACAAUGAUAAAAAAAAAACUAAGGAUAUUACUUAUUCGAAGUAUAAUUCUUUGAUGCCAUUUUUACAAUAUCGAUAGGUUAAAUGAUCAUAAAAGAUUGAUUGUUCAAUAAAUAUAUAUCCAUCGAUUUUAUUGAUUCCCGUAAAUAUAAUCAAAAUCGAUUAAUUCAUCAACGUAAUUCAAUUGGUUUCGAAAAAGUUUGUCAUCGUGUUUACAAAUGUCAUCCAUAUUCUUUUCUUUUUUUUUCCUUUUUUAUACUAUCUAUUUAAAAAUUAUUACAUAUAAGCUUAUUAAUAUUUACGUAUGCACAUUACUUAUCGUUCCUAUUCGUUAUCGGGGAAUAAUUUAAAUACAUGAAAUGUUUUUUUGUCUAUCAUAGUUUAUGAUAAUCAAUGAGAUAAGAGCUUUGACGCGAUGUAAAAAAAAGGGGAAAAAAAAAGAAAAAAGAAGAAGAAAUGAAGUAAACAAAUAGUUAGUUAAAUAUAUCAUUCGAUGGAAUGACAUGUUAUGUAUGUAGUUCAGCCAUCGUAGGUCGAAGAGGAAAGAAGCACGAAGUAGAGAGGUUCAAUAUUUACAUCGACGAAAUGGAUCUAUUACCGGAUUACUCGACCCCCGUGGCUUUUUAAUUAUGUAAGCUCGAAUAGAUCGAGACAUCUGCUACCCCAUAGAAAAGCAUUGCUUGCCGAAAGAUCUCUCCCUUUCCCUUUUCCCCUCCUCCCUUCUUUUUUUCGAGUGAUGUAUACCGGGAGUAUCAAUUACAUUGUUAUUACCGUUGGUUGUUCCAAAGAUGUGGUCGCAAGAUAAUGCACUGUUAUAAGAGCAUGCACAUAAAAGAGGGGCAGGUACAGCGUUAAACCGCCACUACUACUGGAACUAAUGCAAGAGAGUUCCCUUAUGCGAGGAAAGCGAUAGCCAUCGGUUCUUGUGCAACUAUGCGUCUAAUUUGGAUUUACUACAAAAUGGAUAUUCCUUAGCGAAAAAAAAAGGUGGGGUGAGAUCCAUACGCUCACAUGUAUAUAUAAAGCAACGUAGGGCGAAGCCCUACAAUAUUUUCUUUACUAAGUCCGUGUUCUCUCUUUCUAUCGGGAUGAAUUCGUUCCAGAGAUCACGCUCCGAAAAGAGUGACUUUAGUAUAGCACGAAUUUUGUCUGAAGAUAAUGAUAAGGACAACGUAAUGUCGCGGAAUUCGAACAAUCGUGUUAAUGUCGUUCAUCAAUUUUAUCAAGGUCAAAACAUAACUGAAACUAUCGUUCAUCGCGAUAUUACAAAAGUGUCGAAUCUCGAGGACACGCGUUUUUUCAAUUCAAAGCAAUGUCAACGAAGGACAAUCGAUCAAGACUCAUUAGACAAGAUGAUAAACGAAGAAGAUGGUACAAAUGAAAUCCAGGAAACUGCGCAGUCGCGUUCGAUCAAUGCGUACGAAGAUGGAAAACACGAGAUCGACGCGUCUUACGGGGAAACUCAAAGAAAUGAGCUUGCCUGGUUACAAUACACGAGAUAUAGACCACCGAAAUUACCUAGAAGAAGCUUAAUAGGGAGAAGUGCUAAAAGACGUCCAGGAGUACAUCCACGGAUACCUUUCUCUUCAUUUCAACUUCAAAUUCUCGAGGAAAGAUAUAAAAAAAAUGCUUAUUUAUCAAGGAGAGACGCGCUCGAUAUAUCAAUGUCAUUGAGACUACCUCAAAGUAGAGUGAAGAUUUGGUUUCAAAAUCGUCGUGCACGGGAUAGACGGGAAUCAAAUAACGUUAUAGCAGUUACGUAAGAGAAGAUAAAAGUGAUAAAAUGCAAUAAUCAUGAUGGGACGAAGAAAAUAGGAAAAUAAAAAUUAAUUAAUAUAUUCUUGUUUACAUGAACGAUCUAAAUUGCAUGGACAAUAAUGAUCGCGCACAUAAAAAUUUGUAAUAUCAUUACAAAUAGAAUUAUUAUGUCGAGGGUGUCGAUUAAUUUUAUUAACUUCUUAAUUUGAAUUUUUUAUUCAAAUACCCGAAAGUAUUUAAAAAAAGUAUUUAUUUAACAUCACGUUAAUACAAAACG